AUUUAUUACGUCAUCUUUAUUGAGAUGCGGAAAAAACGGAAGCACGUGGUUAAUGUUGUUUUGGCCGGCGUGUAGAAGAUUUUGCUCUGACGACUUUGCUUGUAGUCCAUUUUCUGCUAUAAUGACGGAAAAGAAAUCAGCUUCUUCCGAAUUGGAAGAAAAAGUCAUUGAAGUCUUGGCUAGUGAUGCUAACAAAAAUGGCAUAUCACAAGCUGAUUUACAAAAGGCUAUUCCUACCAUACAAGCAAAGGAGUUGGCACCAAUUUUGAAUUCAUUGAUGUCCCAAGGUAAAUUGGAUGUGACAAAGAAAAGGAACCAAUUAUGUUGGCGAUGGAAUGCUGAUGCCAAGGUCAUUAAGGGUAGCCAAGAAGAGAAAAUAAUUUUUAAAAUCAUUAAAGGCGCAAGCGAUAAGGGUUUGGCAGUGAACCAGAUAAAAAGAGAAUGUGGCUUGCCUCAACCCCGAGUAACUAAAAUUUUGAAAGAGCUUGAAAGUAGAAAAGAAAUCAAAUUAGUUAUUGCUAAAAACAAAAGAAAGUUAUACAUGUUGUAUGAUUUAACCCCAAGUGUUGAAGUCACAGGAGGAACUUUUUAUUCUGGAGAUGAAUUUGAAGCUGAAUUUGUAAAUGUUCUCGGUGAUCAGUGUUACAGGUAUCUACUUCAAGCAAAGGGAAUUUCAGAAAAACUGCUUGAUCCCCUUUCUCAAAGGCAUGCCUCUUUUAAGUCUUCAAAGGAGAUUUGUGAUUACAUUAAUGGACUGAAAAUAAGCACAGUGGAGUUAAAAGUUUUUGAUAUUGAAAACAUUCUAGAAUCUUUAAUCUAUGAUGGUAAAAUAGUGAAAAAUACAUCUUUAGGUUUGGGUAAGACUUCAGAAAAUUGUUACGCCGUUUCAAAAUCUGUGCUUUCUAAUGUUGGUUUAAUGAGGAUGCCUUGUGGGGUGUGUUUAGUUUUUAAAGAAUGUGGUGUUGGUCUCUCUGUAUCUCCAUCAACAUGUCAAUACAUGAAAGAGUGGUUGGAUUUUUGAACCUAACCAAAUUAGUCUCUUAAAUUUGGUGAUAUUUAGUCAAUGAAUUGAAAACAUGUGAUAUGGUAUUUAUUAAAAUCAACACGUUGUAUGUACAUAUUAUAAUUUAUAAAGAAUCCGGUUAUGUUUUUGUA